CGGGACGCCAUGAGUCUGCAGGGGUCUACGAGAGCCAGGAAGAUAUCGGUUCCCUUGUCCCGCGCCUGCAGUGAGCGGCUAUAUUCAUAAAAAGGAACCUGGAACGGCAAUCCCCAGGGCUAAGGUGGUAUCAGUACAUGUCGUCGGGCCAGAGAAGCUAGAGGCCGACGCGGGAUAUCCCGGAUCCCCCGGAGAGGCUGCCACUCUGAUGUCUGAAGAGACAGGCCCUGGCCCCAGGCUGGCUAUGAAGAGUGACUCCUCGACUCCUGCAGCCCCCCUUAGGGGGCUCGGGGCGCCCCUGAGGAGCAGCGAGCCUGUGUGCGCCGCCCCACCUCCGUCAGCAGCCGUGGUUCUGCUGGAGGAGGCUGCAGACCUCUUGGUGGUGCACCUGGACUUCCGGGGAGCGCUGCAGACCUGUGAACGCGCCUGGCGGAGCUUAGCCAGCAAUGAUGCGGGCACCUCCUUGGAGGUGAAAUGCUCCCUGUGUGUUGUGGGAAUCCAGGCCCUGGCAGAAAUGAAUCGGUGGCAGGAAGUUCUGUCCUGGGUUCUUCAGUAUUACCAGGUCCCUGAAAAGCUACCUCCCAAAGUCCUGGAACUAUGUGUUCUUUUAUACAGCAAAAUGCAAGAGCCUGGAGCUGUGCUGGAAGUGGUCAGUGCUUGGCUACAAGACCCCGACAAUCAGGGUCUUCCAGAAUACAGAGCCUUGGCAGAACUUCACCUGCAGCGAGUGCUGCUGCCUCUGGGCUGCUUGUCAGAGGCUGAGGAGCUCGUGGUGGGCUCUGCAGCCUUCAGUGAGGAAGAGCGGCUGGACGUACUCCAGACCAUUAAUAAGGCAAGGCAACAGCAGAAACACCAACACUCAGGCUCUGAGGAGGCCCAGAAGCUAAACCAGGAAGGCUCCUUCUCCCACAAGUUCCUGUCACUAAUGGUGUUGCUUCGCCGGCUUUGGGAUUCUACAGGGCCAUUGAACAGGGACUGAGCCUGUGGGAGCCUUCCUGGGGAUGGAGGCAUCUCCGGUACCACUUCUCCCUGAGUCUCUUCUAUAAGGAGGGACUGUUGCACCUCAGUGAGAGCCAGCUCAGCUCACCUAGGAGAGAACAGCCCUGGAGUCCACGAGAGCAGUCUGGAGGAAAUUCACUCUGUUGACCCUUGAACACUGACUUUGAGUGAUUGUCAUCUACUUUAUCCAAGGGUGAACUCUGACCAGAAUGUGAGAAUUUAAAAAAAAAUUUUCCUCAUCGUAAUACCUAAAAAAUUGUGCUAAAUUGUAAAUGAAAUACACGUAUAUUUUAGAAAAUGUAGAAAAUAGAGAAAAGUAUAAAGAAGAAAACAGAAAUCACCUAUAAGUUUGUUAUUGUAAUGGUUAUACUGUAGUCUUUUUCUAUAUGGAUGCAGAUGCAAUUUUGCAUGUUAUAAAUAUCUUUUAAAACAUGGCUUUAGAUGGCUAAAUAAUAUUCCAGUUUACAGAAACUUCCAUGAUUGAUUAAUAACCCCAUUGUUGAACAUUUUGAUUCUUUCUUUUUUUUUUUUUAAGAUUUUUUUAUUUAUUUGACAGAGAGAGACACAGCGAGAGACGGAACACAAGCAGGGGGAGUGGGAGAGGGAGAAGCAGCCUUCCUGCUGAGCAGGGAGCCUGAUGCGGGGCUCGAUCCCAGGACCCUGAGAUCAUGACCUGAGCCAAAGGCAGACGCUUAACGACUGAGCCACCCAGGCGCCCCACAGUUUGAUUAUUUCUUACUCUGUUUUCUACAGUGCUAUGAAGCAGACAGGAGCCCCCUAAGUGCUAUUUGGGAACAACCCUGGUUAUUUCCUGAGGAUUAACUCCUCAAAACUAAGUGCUGGACCAAAGAUUAGGAGUUCAUUCUUUUAGAUUUUUAUGUUUGUGUGUUACUCUAUGUGAGUUAUGAUCUAAUCUCUACUCUUCUUAUGAAUUUAGACUUAGAAUAGAAUUAUAUAACUUUCAAAACUGCAAGGAAAACUAGAAACCCUUAUUCCAGUCCCUUCAUAUUCUUUUUCUUUUUUGAUCAAGAAACCUAAGAACUAUAGAAAAAAGUAACUAGCCCAGGGUCACACAAAUAAUUUGUCUAUUUUAAAAACUGCCAGUUCUUGGAACACCUAGGUGGCUCAGUUGGUUAAGCGUCAGAUUCUUGGUUUCAGCUCAGGUCAUGAUCUCAGGGUUGUGAGAUCCAGCCCCACAUGGAACUCAUGUGGACUCCGAGCUCAGUGGGGGAGUCUGCUUGAGAUUCUGUCUCUCUGACCCUUCUCCCACUUGCGAACGUUUGUGCAUGCUCUUGUGCGUGUGUGCUCUCCCUCUCUCAAAGAAAUAAAUCUUUAAAACAAAACAAAAACAAAACCUGCCAGUUCUUGAUUUAAUCUUUAGGUCUUCCCCAUUUUCCCCAUUCCCCUUUCUCUUAUUCAGUGAGCUUUUUUUGCAUAGCUCAAAGUUGUCUUUUCACUUUGCUGAACACUGAGCAGGAAGGAAUUCCCUCUGAAUAGCUCUGUUUGCUUAAGGAAAGAGUCCUGAGUUAGUUCUCAGGAAAGCUGAGGAUAGUUUGUGUUCAUUCCAGUCCACUCUCUGACUUGUACUUUGUUCCAGAGACUUGAUAAAAAUUUAGAAUUUUUUUUUUUUUUUUAUGGUGCUUUUAAGUCCUGCUCUUCUGAGUGGGGACAGCAAGAGGCAGUUUGAGCUUGCUGCCUCCAAGGCUUCUUCCCGGUGUCCUGGCCUGGCACUGCUCACCCCUAGUGGCGGACUUGACUCAUUGCAGUGGUGGUGCUGUGGGAGAGGAGAGUCCAUGACCAGGCCGCAACUAGAACUCUCUAGGAAGGAUAUAAAAAGAGUAGACUGUCAGUAGCUUUCUUUAAAAAUAACAGUUUUCUUUUUAAGAAAGAAAAAAAAAUCAGUUAAAAAAAUCAGUAAUCAAAAAAGGAAAAACCAACCAGUCAAUUCAGCCCUAAUUCCCAAGAGGUAGAUUGUACUUUAUUUUCAAUAUGAUUAACUUAGGAUAAAAAUAGGUAAUACUGUCACUUGGCUCCAGGUUGAGAAGGUAUGAAAAGAAAUGUAGUGAAGUCUCUUCUCAAAUUUAUCUUCCCAGAGGCAGCCACCAUUACGUUUUUUGUGUCUGUAUUAUAAAGCUAGGCUAAAACAUAAUGUUUGGAUCUUUUUCUCAGCAAACUUAAGGUCACUGUAAUCCAAGUGAAGAAAAUAUAUCCCAGAGAAUAUAUGCUAGAGAAAAUGAAAGUUUUCUUUAUUGUUGGGAAGGGGAGGAAGAGCAAAUAACAUUAAGCAUCAACAUAUGCUUUACAAAGAUCACUCAUACUCCCAAAGUGGUAGGGUUUCCAAGGAAAGGGACUUGAGGCUGAGGGGAAGAGGAGGGGAGUAAAGGCAGGCACACUGACAACAAUCUUCCUUUUUCCUGCAGCUUCUCCUUCUUCCUUGCCCUUCCUCUACAAGCUGGCUCAGCUCUUCCAUCGGAUCCAGGAGGCCAUGUUUUCUCUCUACCGGCUUCCUAUCCACGACUGAGUGGUCUUUCCCAUUCCACUCAACCUCUCUACUCCCCAGGUCGGCCAUGACAGAAGCAGAGUAACUCAUCCAUGGCAGCCCGCCUGUUGCUGGCUGGGCCCCCUCAAUUCUAGAAAGACCUGAUCCAGUCUGGUGAACUGUGUUUUGCCACCUGAAUGUUAUCCCCCUUGCACCCCACUUUGGCUGGUGUUGGUAGGUAAUGUGGGAACAAAGUGGGGCCAGAGAGCACAAGUCCUCCAGAAUAAUACUCCCUUAUACCCAGAGGCUCCUUCUAAAGGAGGGGUUUGGGAAAGAAGAGUGAAAUACUCCUUCUCCUUGGCAAAGGCAAGGGAUUGAUUUUUCAGGUCAGGGUGUUAAUGAAGCUGGAAGUUCAGAAAACUCUGAUAGAAUGACCCUUGGCCUUUCACUUCUGUGGAAAACUUACCUCUGAAAAUUGCCUUUAUAGGGUAGGCCCUUAAUUAGGCAGAUUGAGGAUCUGAGAGGGCCUUUUAAUUCUCCUCUAUGCUCCUUUCCACCAAAUCUGUGCAUAGAGAAGUUAUUUAUUGAUACACCAUUCCUGUGGUUUUGCAGUGGGCUUGAAACUACUUGGGCCCUCUCUUUUCAGACCAGGACGUGGCUUUCAGAACCACUCAGGUGACUGUUGAAAGCAAAGUAAGGCGGCUCUGCUCUUCUCACUGGGUAAAGUGAUCUUGUUUGGUGCCUCUUGGGCUUCAGCUCAAUUUUCCAGGUUGUCAGUGGCCAAGUCCUGCUCUGUUACACACUCAGUAUUCCUGUGUUCUCUUUCUUCCUGUCAGUUCCUUCUCACUGCCCUGCAAUAGUACUUUUGUGCUUUGUCCAACAGCUGUUUCACCAGGUUCUGCCCUUUGUCCUUGCCUCCUUGGUAUACACCGUUGCUGUCCCCCCCUUCUAUGUCCUGUUGUUCUAGCUAUAGUCUAUUGCAAAAUGUACAGGUUUUUCCACUCGUGUAGCCUUGAAAAGUAGGCCAGGCUCAGAGGCUGAUGAGCUGAAAAUGGAACUGGGUAAUCAGGUGAGCUGGAAGGGAUGUGUAGAGGGAGUUGGGCAGAGGGGAGAUAUGGGUUUUGAAGGCAAUAAACAAUCUACUGUUAGGGGGAGGAGGCAUUGGGGCCAUAGCAUUGGGUAUUUGAAAUGUUUCAGUGUUUUCUGUCACUGGCCACGAGAAUCUUACAUGUUUCUGUGCAGGUAAACGUAAAACACUACUAUGCUGUCGGAGUUGUAAAGGCUUCCCGCAGGGGCUAACCUUUUUGAGGCUGAAGGCCAAGCAAACUGCCCCCAGCUGGGGUUUCAGGCAGUGUUGAUGCCAGGAAUAGAGGAGGUGCUUUGUAGUUUCCCAGAGGUUGGUUUUCAGGAGUUCCAAGUCAACAACUUCUCUUUAGUAAAGUGGGUAGAAGGACUAAACCUCACAGGCCCUUGGGAGGUAAGUCCCUAGGGUGUUGUCCACCUCUGUAGGAAACAAAUCUGUGCUUUUACAUGUGGACUUUUAAAUAGAGUUAAGAACCCUGGGGAGAGGAGAGGAGACAGGUAAGCUUUGAGACCUGUUAGAAUGAUUUCUCAAAAUGAAAAUCUGGUCCUUCGCUACCCUAGAUAAAACUCUUUAAUGUCUUCCCAUGCUUCACAUGGCAUUUCUUCUUAAAUUCGUCAUGGAAUUUAAGGCCCCUUAUGCACUGGUCUUAGCUAACACCUCCACUUCGAUGCGGGGCCUCUGUUCCUCAUGCACGCCGCUCUCCAGCUGCCCAGCCAGUCAGUUUUCUGAACAUUUCAUGCCUUCACACCACUGUAACUUUAGCACCUGCUGUUCCCCCUGGAAGGCCCAGCUUCCACUUUUUGCCUGGUUAGCUCCCUGAAUUUCCAGACUUACUCAACGGUUACCUUUGGGAAUCCUGUCCUGAUGGCCUCUGCUUCCUCCUUUUUGUGGCAGUGACCCCAUGGCCUUGUAAUUGUGAAGUCCUUUGUUACCUCCAGUAACUGUGAGCUCUUUGAAGCUGGGGAAUGUGGCUCAUUGCAGUGUUUUAAGAAUCAGGUUUGGGGGGCGCCUGGGUGGAUCAGUCGUUAAGCGUCUGCCUUCGGCUCAGGUCAUGAUCCCGGGGUCCUGGGAUCGAGCCCCGCGUCGGGCUCCCUGCUCAGAGGGGAGUCUGCUUCUCCCUCUGCCUGCCGCUCCCCCUGCUUGUGUUCCCUCUCUUGCUGUGUCUCUCUCUGUCAAAUAAAUAAAUAAAAUCUUAAAAAAAAAAAUCAGGUUUGGAUCCCUGCUCUACCACUCAUGAGGCAUGUGACUGUUGGAAAGUGACCUAUCCUUUCUCAGCCUCAAUGUCCUCAUCUGUUAGUGAGUUAUUAUCUUGUAGGGGCUUUUAGGCCUAGCCGAGGAAAUAUGAAGGUAUCAGAGGUGUUUAAAUGAAUGAACUGAUAUAGCUGCCAUGACAAAAGAUCCGUGUGCUUUUGGUGUAUUUAUUUAUUGUGAAAAGUCUGAGUAAAAAGAAGUCUGUCUGUCCCUUGAAGUUCCUCCAUAUUAUUCAGCUUGUAGGCCUCUCGGUUCUCUGUUUGAUGUUUGUCUUGAACUCUGCAGUGUUGUCUGAUCACCAGCCCCAGCUACCUUCCUAGUUAGUCAAGGAACUCAGAACCAAAACUGCUCUGAUGACUUUGACCUUUUCUAAGAAUGGAGGCCGGUAUUCAUAUGAAUCUUCAAGUCUGGGCUUAACGAGGUCGGGAAUGAAGGGAGGGCUUCCUUGUUAGAGCCGUGCUGUCCAGUAUAGUAGCCAUUAGCCACAGGUGGCUUUUGACCACUUGAAAUGUGGCUGGUCCAAAUCGAGAUGUUCUGUAAAUGUAAAAUACUCACUGGAUUUUGAAGAUUUAUUACUAAAAAAAUGAAAAUUCAAUGAUUUUUAUAUCGAUUGCAUGUUGAAAUGAUAAUAUUUUGGGUAUA